AUGACGACAACGCCGAACGGAACACAAGAGAACGCGGAAGAGAAUGCAGAAGAGAACGGAACACAAGAGAAUGCAGAAGAGAACGGAACACAAGAGAACGGAGUGCUCCGAGUCUUAGGCCUCCUGCUGAACUCCACAGAUAGGUGGGGGAGGGGGCAGCCCAUGGGCCGGACAGGAAGUGGGGCUGUGAGUGGGGGCAGGGGUACAGGAAGUGGGGGUGUGAGUGGGGGUGGGGGGGUUGUGGGUGAGCGUCCGAGGCUGCGUAUCGUUGGCGGCUUCCCGCCGUCCCCAAACGCCAUCAAGUACAUCGUCUCCCUGCAGAGCACCAAGAGGCAGCACUUCUGCGGAGGAACCCUGAUACACACACGCUGGGUGCUCACCGCAGCGCACUGCAAUAUGGGGCUGGAGAUGUUGGUUGUGGCUGGUGAACACUUCUUGGGUUCUAUGGAGGGAACUGAACAGUACUUUAAACCCCAGCGCCUCAUCCCCCACCCGGCCUACAGCCAAAACACCAAGCAUGCCGACAUCAUGCUGAUAAAGCUUGGUAAGGCUGCUGUGUUAAACAGGUUCGUGUCGCUGGUCGCUCUACCGCGUCAAGACGAAGGACUACUGGAGGGACGCAUGUGCCAGGUGUCUGGUUGGGGCUAUACGUCUAACCCUGUUGUGCGGGUCCCCAUCAUCUCGUCUGCUCGCUGCAACAGCUCGUCCUCCUUCAGUGGGAACAUCAGCAGCAGCAUGAUCUGUGCCGGCUACUCAGGACGCGACGCAUGCGAGGGUGACUCGGGCGGCCCACUGGUGUGUGAGGGGCGUGUCUACGGUGUCGUCUCCUGGGGCAACGGCUGUGGGGACGCCCACUUCCCCGGAGUUUACACGGCCGUCGCCAAAUUCCGCCGCUGGAUCGAUCGCACCGUCUACGCCUCAAUAUCACGAUGUUUUAAACACUAA